CUAGUAUGAAGAUGAUGGAUACAUGUUGGAUGUUCUUUGUCCUGUCCUUACUCUCAGGGUCAGUGUUUGGCUGUACUUUGCCUCAGAGUCUUGAGAAACCGAACAAGAGAUUCUCUUGGCCUUGUUGUGACACUCCUGCUGGCACACACAAACCCUCCUCAGUGCAUUCACUGAGGCCUGCAGACAUCACAGUCUUCUCUGUUGUUGGACUCCCUCACACACCAAGCAAUGUAAUGUCAUCAGUUAUAAGCAGCCUUUAUGAUGUGAUGUCCAUGUUCAGUCCUGAGUUUGCCAGUGUGUUACCUGAUGGAUCUGCACAAUCCAGUGGUCUGGUGAAUCAGGCUGACCAAGCAGCUUCCCUUCUGAACACCCACCAGCCCUAUAUAGCAGAGUCAGGCUGGAAGCUGGUGAUUAUCUUUGUGCCAGUUGAUCGACGCUGUAUGUGUGCUGAGCAGGUCACCAUUGUGGCACAGGAAAUGGAUGCUGCUCUACAAGUGCUACACUCUCAGCUGAAAAAGGCCAUAGUCAGUGUUGUGCUCCAGGAUGCUGAGCCUAACAGUGGACACAGCAGAAUGUGUUCUUGUCCACCAAUAGACUCAGUUGAAGAGCGGCGGUUGACAGGUGCAAUUUAUUCACAUGCCCUUUUGGAAGAUUUAAAAGAGACACUAAGAGAGAACGACUGGUACAGCAGAGAUGAUUUCACUGUGCAGCUUCAGGAUGUUCCUCUGUUUACAGAUGUCAUUUCUAACACUUACAAAUGGACUUCAGAGGAGAAACAGAAUGACCAUCAGGCACACACACUCUUUCUGCAGCUCUGGGAAAACCUUCUCCAGCCAGACACCAAGCAGAAAAAUCUGAACAACUGUGAUGUGCCUACAAUUCGAUGCCCAACCGAGCAUCGACCAUUUCUCAGAACAGAGAAGAAUUCUCUAUCCGAAACAACUCUAUCAUCCAGAGGAGCUGCUCCAGCUGUUGAUGCUGUAUUAGGCACUAAGAUGCAUUGUGAAGAUCUGAGUCCCUCCGACACAAUCCCCACCUCAGUGCAUGCAGUGAGGCCGGCUGAUAUCCGAGUUGUGGGAGCAGUUGGUGAUUCUCUAACGGCGGGGAAUGGUGUUGCGUCUACAAACCUGCUGGAUGUGCUGACACAGUACAGAGGAUUAUCAUGGAGUAUUGGAGGAGACAACAACCUGUCUGCGGUCACUACACUUCCAAAUAUCCUGCGCGUGUUUAAUCCAGAGCUUACAGGAUUUUCCGUUGGAAAGGGGAAACAGAACAGCAAACAGGCUUUCCUCAACCAGGCAGUGGCAGGAUCCAAGAGCUCUGACAUGCUGAGGCAAGCUCAAGCACUGGUCAGCAGGAUGAAGACUGAUGAUCGUAUCAAUUUCUAUUCAGACUGGAAGGUGAUCACCAUGUUCAUCGGAGGCAAUGAUUUCUGUGACUCCUGUAUCACACCACUGUUUUAUUCUCCAGAGAACUUUGUGAAGCAAAUCCAGGUAGCACUGGACUUCCUCCACUCUGAGGUUCCUCGUGCUAUUGUUAAUCUGGUUGAGCCUCUUCACAUCACCCCACUGAGAGCGAUGCACCAGGACUCCAGUCUGGGCUGCCCCACAUGGCUUGUGCGAAUCCUCUGCUCCUGUGUAGUUUCACCAGAAGAUGGAUCAGAAGCUUUGCAGGACCUGGAAGAUCUGAACAGAGCUUAUCAGAGAGUGCUGAGACAUUUGGUGGAGUCUGGCCGUUAUGACACAAACUCUAACUUCACCGUGGUGCUGCAGCCUUUCCUGAGGGAUAUAACAGUGCCAAUGCUGGAUGGACUUCCUGAUCGUUCGUUUUUCUCUCCUGAUUGUUUCCACCUUAGUCAGAAGGCUCAUACUCUCAUGGCUCGUGCUCUUUGGAACAACAUGAUGGAGGAUCUGGGGAAUAAAACACAGAAACUGGACUUCACUUUAGGUCUCCAUACUAAAUGUCCAUCACAGACCACACCCUUUCUUCAGACCUUUGAGAACAGCAAUUAUACUUAUAAAAGCCCACUGCCACCCCCACCUCCAAUUUCAAACUGGGGCAGUGAUUUCUUCUGCACAGACACCAAGCCAUCGAUCGACAUCCCUAAAUCAGUUCAUCACCUGCGGCCUGCGGAUAUCAAGGUGAUCGCUGCACUCGGAGACUCUGUUACUGCUGCACUUGGCACAAAAUCACAGAACUACACUCAGUUUCAUACAGAAUACAAGGGAGUGUCAUGGAGUAUUGGGGGUGAUCAUUCAUUGGACACUACAACAACACUGCCAAACAUCCUGAGACAAUUUAACCCAUCUCUACAGGGCUUCUCUACUGGAGACGGUGUGUCAGCACAGGACGGCUUCAACAUGGCCGUGUCUGGAGCCAUAGCCUCUGAUCUUGCAGCACAGGUCAACAGACUUAUUCAGGCCUUAAAAUCCAGUGAGAAUGUAGAUUUCGAAAUGGACUGGAAGCUGAUUACUGUGUUUACUGGGGUCAGUGAUUUGUGCCAGUAUUGUAUGGACCAGAACAACCUGUCACCACAGAACUACAGUCAUCACCUCAUGAAGGCUCUGGAUCUGCUGCAUAAAGAGGUACCUCGUGUUCUAGUGAAUGUUCUCACAGUUCCAGAAAUGGAGGUCUUGAGGAUGGUCAAGAAGAGUUCAUUAGGCUGCAGUUUUUUCCCCAGAGAUGUCUGUCCAUGCCUCAUGACCCCAGGUGACAACUCAUCAGCGCUGACAGAGCUAAAGCUCAUUAAUCAAGAAUAUCAGACUGAGAUGACAAAGCUAAUAUCUGGGGAACGUUACGAUGGCCAUGAAGAUUUUACUGUUGUACUUCAGCCUUUUCUUCAAAACACAACCUUUCCUUUAGAUAAAGAGGGAAAUCCCGAUCUCAGUUACUUUACAUUAGACUGCUUCCAUUUCAGUGAGCGGGCACAAUCUGAGAUGGCCAUUUCCCUUUGGAAUAACAUGUUGGAGCCAGUGGGAAAUAAGCAGACCUUCAACAACUUUACCUACGAUCGCACAAAACUUAGGUGUCCAUCUGAGACUCUCAGACCAUUCAUUUAUACCAAGAUGAACAGCCACCCUGAUUACUUCACAACUCCAGAGCCAACAUCUAGAAGUACCCCAGUUCCCAACAGCCCAACUCCCUGCCCCAACAGCUGCCACAACAGUGUACCUAUGUGGGUGCCAGCCCUAUUUGGAGUCGCAGGUUUACUCCUCGGCUGGGUGGUCACCUGGCUAUUUAUGCGUCGGUGGAUUAAGAAGCAGAAGAACGAAUACAAAGUGAAGGAAAAGGAAAGAGAGAUGAAGGGAACUAGCUUUUAGCACUGAGCUAUUUUUACAGUACCACUGACUUUGGAAAACAUGCUUUUUAGACUGCAGUAAAUCCAUCAAACUGGAUGUGUAUGGUUAUGGGAUGACUUUUAUAUAUCAGUGUGAAUCUACAUGCAUAAACACAAGGCUGUGGUCCAUUCUGAAGUGAUCAUUACCCCUGUGAAAUCUAAACCCUCCACAGAGAGAGAAGGGUCCCCCUUUUUAGGGGUUGAAGGUAAUAGCCAUUUGGAUGGUACUUUACAAUAAUUUGCAGCCUACAGAUACAUAUUCAGAAGCAGCCAUGACAAAUAACUUAAGUGUUUUGUUUUUUUUAUUGGAGGGGACAUUAAAGAAUUAAUAUACAACAACAUAUUAAACUUUAGCAGCAGCGGCUCGUGAACAAACAGAUUUUGGUGGGGCAAGGCAGUUGUUCGACUCGUUGUUUUUCUACUGUGUUUGAUACAACAACUGUGUUUUCCAUGAGCAAUGUGUCAUGUGUCAUACUAUUGCAAGUUUAUCUGUUUAGUUAUUGCAACAACAGGAAAGUCUUCCACAGGUUUUACAUUCUGAAAUCAUGAAUUUGCUUAGAAGUGAUGUCUCGAGUGAUGUCUAAUAAAGUGAAAGAUGCGUA